AUACCAGCCAGGUCUUUUUCUCUAACAAGUGAGGUGCUAAGUCCUAUUGAUUGGCUUAGAGGCCAUCCAUCCUCCUGUUUGCUCAUUCCCUUGAUUCCUGCUCAUCUCCAAUAUGGUUGAUGUUUGGAUCUCUGCUGGUUACUGGAAGAUUGGUCUGUUGAUGACAUUGACGGUGUUGAGUCUAUCUGCAUCUUGGGCCAGGGACAUCCCAGAGGAUUUCAUGCGUCAGCACAAGGCUGAGUGUUACUUCACCAACGGCACGGAGCGGGUCCGGUUUGUGGAAAGAUACAUCUACAAUGACCAGGAGGAUGUCCGCUUCGACAGCGAAGUGGGGGAGUACGUGGCCGUGACGGAGCUGGGGCGGCCCGAUGCUGAGUACUGGAACAGUCAGAAGGAGCUCCUGGAGGAAAAACGAGCCGAAGUGGACACACUGUGCAGACACAACUACGAGGCAGGCAAGUCCUUCACGGUGGACAGAAGAGUCCAGCCCAGAGUGACCAUCUCCCCCUCCAGGACGGAGGCCCUGCAGCACCUGCUGGUCUGCUCUGUCUCUGGCUUCUAUCCAAGCAAGGUCAAGGUCACCUGGCUCAAGAAUGGGCAGGAGGAGACGGCUGGGGUUGUGUCCACGGGUGUGAUGCAACAUGGAGACUGGACCUACCAGACCCUGGUGAUGUUGGAAAUGAUGCCCCAGAGCAGAGAUGUCUACACUUGCAGCGUGGAGCAUGCCAGCCUACAGAGCCCCAUCAGGGUGGAAUGGAGGGCACAGUCUGAAUCUGCCCGGAGCAAACUGCUGAGUGGCAUUGGAGGCUUUGUCCUGGGGCUGAUCUUCCUUGGGGUAGGACUGAUCAUCCACCUGAAGAACCAGAAAGGACGCACUGGGCCUCAGCCUGCAGGCCUGCUGAGGUGAACCUUAGGAUUCUGUCCUUCAAAGAGAGUGCUCCCAUCAUCCUGUCCAGGGUCCCCAAUCAUCCAGGAGGGAGAAGCAAUUCAGUCAUUGUCCUGGAGCCAGCAUUCUCCUCUGCCUGGAGUCCAGUUGCUAUCCUCCUUUUCCCAAAAGACCCUGUAUUUUCCACCUUCUAUUCUGGAUGUUUUCUAUACUCUGUUGGUGCAGGGGCUCAGGGAGAAGGAAAUCUGCUUCUACUGUCCCCAUACAGACUCCCUCUUAGUUACACUGCUACCCUUUCUGCAUUAACCCUAUUUUUUCUGUUUUCUUCCUUAAUAAAUAAGGUCUCAUCUCUAUCAUUCAUUGUGCCCCUGGGACUGCUGAAGAAGCCAUAUUAAGAAAAACGAGGAGGGGAUGGAAAAGGGCCCUUCUCUGUACAAGGGGAAGGAAGAGGCAUCUGAUAAAAGGAGGCUGGGACUGAGACCCAGCCUACCUCCAGUGUCACAAGCUGCAGCUGGCCAUGCCUUGGUCCUUUGUAUCCUACAUGGUUCUUACCAUAGUACUUUGUAUACAGUCAGUGCUUAAGAAUUCUUAGUUGAAUGAAAGGAUUGUAUGAGAAAGGGGCCCCCUGCUAUGUCUAUCAACAUUCCCUUUGUUAUUCCAUGGAAUUGAGAGGAUGUCUUAAGUGGGAAAAGCUGAGUAAACCCACGUUGGUUUAAAAUUUUUCUUUCUACUGAAGGUGGUUCACCAUUUCUGUUUCAGUCACUUAUUUGCAGGCCGAGGUGUCCAGGCUCUUUAAAUGUUCUCCUAGGACCGAGAGGAUUUCAUGUGUAAAAGAAGUGACCCACUUCCUUCUGACCAGCCAGCUUAAUUUCUGUCUUUUUUCUGCUUAUUCAGUCCUCCUUUCCCUCAGCUGAGGCCUCUUGCCUCAACUGAUAGAAGUAGUUCAAAUCCAGUCAACAUUAAGCACCUACGAUUAAGGCCCUACUUAGGAAGGUCCUAGAGAUUCUCAUAUGGAAAAUGACAGUUUUUACUUUCUAGAAGGGAUACUUUUACCUGGGAGAUUGGGGUCAACUUCAUGGAGGAGGAGGCAUCUGAGGUGGAUUUUUGAAGGAAGAGAGAGAUGGAUUUGGGAAUAUAUUGGGGUUGGGAGCAGGGAGAAGGGAAGAUGAUAUUUAUUCCAGGCAGAAGAGCAGUGUAGGCUUUGAUUAGGCUUUCUGUGUGGAUAUAACAAAAAUAAAGGAUUAAAAAGUUUACCAGUUUGAUUAGAAUAUAGAAUUUUGAGAGAUGGUAUAGAAUCAUGGUACACAGAUAUUUUAGAGGCCUUGCCAGUCUGUCAGCCAUUUAAUUUGUAUAUAGUAGGUGAUGGAAAGCCACUCAAGAUUUCUCACUUUAACCCAUCUUAAAUUAAACUUAAUUAAGCAUGGAAAUACCCCUACUAAAGGUGACCAAAUAGUGUAGGUUGAGUUAAAGACAAAUGACAAGUUUUAUAUUUUGUCUAGGACUGGCCCUUCUAUCCCAAAUUUUAUCUACUUGAAAAGUUAAUACCUUGUUGGCAGUUAUAGAAAUUAAUUCAUUUCAGCAAGAUAUAUUUUUUCUUUUUUGCCUCAAUUUCCAAUUACAUGUAAAGAUAGUAUUAAACAUUCACUUCUAUAAGA